UGUCAAUGAUGUGCUCACAGCUAUAGAUCAUGUUAUCAACAUGGGACUUGCUGACCCAUCUAAAAUCACUGUGCUUGGUGGUUCUCAUGGUGGCUUUUUGACCUCCCAUUUGAUUGGUCAGGCACCAGAUAAAUUUGUUGCUGCGGCUGUGAGGAAUCCUGUUUGUAACAUUGCAUCAAUGGUCGGUACAACAGAUAUUCCUGAUUGGUGUUAUUUUGAAGCCUAUGGCACUAAGGGGAAAAGUAUCUAUACAGAAGCACCCUCAGCUGAGCACCUGAGUCACUUUUUCAGCAUGUCUCCUAUAGCACACCUUUCAAAGGUUAAAACACCAACUUUGUUUCUUUUAGGUGCUCAAGAUCUCCGGGUUCCAGUUUCUAAUGGCUUGCAAGUAAGUUAUUCUGUUUCCCAUUAGAAAAUGAUAUAACGA